AUUCAGCAGCGCAGGUAUCGCGAGAUCUGGAACCGAGAGGCGCCUGCAAACGAGAAGAACAGAAAUGCCCGGCAGAUGACAGCAGUGGAUCGGUUUGUGCGUAGACAACGUGCGUGUUGCUCCAGCGUUCGUCUGCAACCCUUCAGGAGGAGACAGACAGGCGACCCGCACAGAACUUUCGAACGUUACCUAAGUUUACCGCGGCACUCUUCGGACCUCGUCUGUCUCCGCCAUGACACCGUUAACCGUCCGAACCCGCCACGACGAGCGCGAUUCUACGGCGGGCCAGCGGAAGUGAGCGCAGGGAGAAGUCGUUCGGGGAGAGAGGGGAAACAGCCCCGAUAAAGGCAGACGUUCCUCCGCCAACUGGAGUUAAAGCCGAGCGUCCCGGAGGGAAGGCGGCCCCCGCGGGGAUCCCGUGGACAUGGACACGCACGUCAUGGAGGGACAACUCUACGUGCAGCACCAGAAGUUUGGGAAGAAAUGGAAGAAGAACUGGUUCGUCCUCUACCCCGCCAGCCAGAACGGCAUCGCCCGCCUCGAGUUCUUCGACUCCCCCUCGGGCGGGGGCGGCGGGUCGACCGGAGGUUCGGGAAGCGGGUCCAACGAGAAAACCAGGAAGCUGGACAAGAAGAUCAUCCGCUUGUCCGAGUGCAUAUCCAUCCUCCCGGCGCUGACGGAGAGCUGUCCCAAAGACAACAUGACGGCGUUCUGCGUGGAGACCAACGACAAGACGCACGUGUUCGCGGCGCAGAGGGACACCGCCAAGGACUGGAUGGACACCAUGUGCGACAUCGCCUUUCAGGGAGGGGGCGGCCUCAGUAACCCUGCUUUAGACCCCAAUGCCAGAAUCCAGGACCUGCAGAUGUCUGAAAACCUCAUCUACUACUCCAGAGAGGAGGUGAACGAGUUCUGGGUGAGCGUCCAGCGCACCGAGGCGUCGGACCGCUGCGGGCUGGCCGGCAGCUACUGGCUGAAGACCGAAAACGAGGCCUUGAUCCUGAAGGACCCGAAGACCAAGAAGACUGCCCAGGUGUGGCCGUACAAGCUGCUGAGGAGAUACGGGCGAGACCGGGUGAUGUUUUCAUUCGAGGCGGGUCGACGCUGCGACUCGGGCCCCGGGAACUUCACCUUUGACACCAAGCAGGGCAACGAGAUCUUCCUGCUGGUGGACCAGGCCAUCCAGUCGCAGAAGGCGCAGGCCGAGGACCGGCACCUCAGCGGCUCCCUCAGCUUCGACCCGGACUGCCCCGCAUCGCUGCAGCACAUACGCAACGCCUGCGGCGCGACCCCGGCGGGCGCGGGCGGAGACAGCAGCGGCAGCAGCUGCAGCAGCCGCGAGGCCGACAACGACUCCGGUGGCAGCAAACCGGGCUCCGCCGACGGCGUCCUGGGGAAAAGGGAAGCGGGAGAUGGGAGAGGGCAGGGAGGCGGACCCGCAGGGGGUCCCAAAGGCAGGAGUCUACCAGAGCCACCAGCCAUGUUGGGGGUUUUAGGAGGAGGGACCCCUCCGCGUUCUCCGAGAGCGCAUGCGGCAGCAAAAGGUUCCCCCGAAGAACAUGCGGGUCUUUAUUCCGAGCCAGCUGACUCGAUCCGCCCGCCUCCGCACAUGGCCGACUGCCUCUACUCUGACCCGGUGGACAGUAUUAAGAACCAGAAUCUGAGCAGCAACCAUCCCACCCCUCCGGUGCCCACCCCUCGCCUCCGACCAGUAGGCGACGAGUCCUUUGGAGGCGGAUGCCAAGGGGACCACCACCCUGGAACCAACCACAGGACCCCCCCGGACCUGUACUCCCAUGUGUACGAUCGGAUCAACCUGGAGCUGAACCAAAAAACAAGCGCCCUGAGUCUGAACGGGGCGGCAGGCGGGGGAAAAGGCGGGGGCCGGGGGGUGAAACCCAGCCGCCGACCCCCGGGAGGCCAGGGUGAGGGCGCCCUGUCGCCUGCCCGUCCUCUGGAGCACAUAUACGACGAGCCGGAGGGCUGCGCCAAAGCCAACGCUAGCAUCCCCGCUUGCUCGGUGAUUAGCAUCUACGACGAGGCCCGCUUAGAGCCCUCCGGCCCGAAGCGGCAGGAGGAGGCGUCGGGACCAGAGGGCACGUACAGCACCGCCUCGGCUGGGAAGCCCUCGGAGCCCCCGAGGCACUCGCCCCCCCAGCUGGGCCCGAGCCGCGGCCCGGCCCAGCCUCAGCCUCAGCCUCCGAGGCUGCCCAAGCCCGUCACCGCCCCCAAGCCGCCCAGGGGCGUUUUCGGCAAGAAGGAGCCCAUGCCGCUGCCCUCCGAGAAGAAAGGAGGCCCUGGCAGCAACGUGAACAACAACAACAACAUCUGGGGCGGAGGAGUGGACGGAGGAGGGAGGGAGCUCUACAGCAGGGUUUCUAAACCUGCGAAGUCGUGGUACAGCAGGUACCACCACGCAGCGCUGAGGUCCCCGGACAUCAUCUACGACAACUUGGGAGAUAUUUGAGGUUUUUGUGCUGAAGUGGAACCUUUUUGAGGUCGUCGCAGCAGCUAAAUGCUAAAGCAGGAGAAUGGAGCAGCCCUGUAUUCUUGCAGUUAAGGACUGAGCACAUUCUCCCCUCGUUGGCGUUUCUUCCAUCCAUGGGCUGGAAUAAUUAUUUGAGACAGCUGAUUCAUUCAGGACGGAUUAGCUCACGACUGUUGGAAAACCACAUCACGGCUGGUUUCUGUGCGACUCUCGCACGGCCACCCUCUCUCUGCGUAUGUGUGUUUGAGGGAGAGAGAGCGCGAGAGCGAGUGUUUGCAUGGUCAAUCCCAUAAUUGGUGUACCAAGCCACAGUGUGGUCGGAGCCAGCCACCUCACACACACACACACACACACACUGAUUUACCAGCGCGAGCUCGGCCCGGAGGCCUGACUACAACAAGCCGGGAGCGCGGCUUGGCUCCUCUUUUCCAGAGUGUGUGUCGUGCCAUGAGGUGACUGGGAAGCGGGGAUUUGCUCUGCUGCUUUUCCGGACUCGAUGUUCGACUCGAUCGAGUAGUUUUAGAGGCCAGGGCUCCGCGAGAACCAGCUAAAACGUUUCCGUUUGUGUUUUCUGGACUGAUUCGUUGCUUUAAAUCCCAAUGAGAGACAGAGAUUUACAGAUGUUUGUUCAGCCCAGGACACUAAUCUGUGACACGGUUUCACGUCGGAUCCACUAAAUGGAAAGAUGUUGAAGCUACUGCUUUGGAGGAGGCCUGAAAAGUGAGAAGACCAGUUUGGUCACAUGGGUUAUUGAAUGAAUGACGUACAGGAAAUAAUAUUAUUUCAUUUCUUCAUGUUUGUAUGUACAGAUGACCUAAAUAACAUAAUCAAUGCUCUGCAAUGUGUCAUUGUAUGUGUGUAUGCGUUGGAAACAGCUGUGCUGUCUGUAAAUACAACUAAUAAUAAAAAUGUGUCAGAAAAUGA